AUGCAUAUCGAAGCGACGUCAUCGUCACCAGCCGGGCCGUCCUCCACCAAGUCAUACGAUGUCUUCCUCUGCCACGGCUCCAACGACAAGGGGCUCAUGCUCUCGCUCCGCGACAAGCUCGUUGCCCUCGGUCUGCGCGUCUUUCUCGACAUCAAGUCGCUCGACGCCAUGAUUGUCCAAGAUCCCGCAGACUGCGCCCGGCUUGCCCGUGACUCACACGUUGUGGUCGUCGUUGUCUCAAAGUACUCAAUCGUCACACGGUGGGCCAUCGCAGAGGCCAACGCAGCCCUCGCUGAUCCGACUUGCAAGGUCUUUCCGGUUUUUGCCGACGCUGAGCUCUCGCUCGAGACCGUCUCGUCGCCGGCAUGGCGUGACGGCCCGCGGGAUGCCAGCCACCCUCUACUGGCGUACAUGGCGGCGGCUUUCCCGCCGCAGAUCCCGAACAACCGUCGAUUCACGGAUCUCUGGGAACACGAUGAACUCACGCCCGAGCUCAAAGUCGCCCGCAUCGGCACUCUCUACGCCCUCCUCGAGCGCGGCCUCGCUCCGUACUCCCCGGCUCGCGACAGCGUGGUUGACAUGGUCGACGAUCUUGCCGACCGCAUCCAGGCCAUUGUUCCCAGUUCACCCCUCCGCCCCUCGCCCAUGCCGCCGCCACCUAACCCAUCUGAGUACUACCCGCUCCCUGACACUCGUGAUGCGGUCAUUAAUGUCCUUCUUGGUGCGAACAACGUCUCAGUCGUCGGUGUCAACGGGCUCGGUGGCGUCGGCAAGUCGUCACUCGCUGCCGAUGUCGCCAUCCACCCCGCCAUCACCUCGGUCUUCUCCGUCUUCUGGCUCCCUCUCGGUGAGGACAAGACAUCUCCCAUCGCCAUUGCCAGCCGCAUGUCCUACUUCCUGAAGCAAGGCCUCGGUUGCGCAAUCGAUGCACAAGCUGGCCUCAAUGACCUCCAACCCAUUCUUGCUGCCAAGACCCGGGCCCUCGCCGCCGCCGGCACCCGCAUCCUGCUCAUCCUCGACGACGCGUGGACCACCCGCCAGGCCUCCGUCUUCACCAACCACAUCGCAGCCCCGCAUGCCGUCCUCGUCACCUCGCGUAACGCCGCUGUUGCUACCAACUCCGCCUCCUCCAUCGAGCUUGGUACCUUUGCCCCGGACGACGCUGCUGUUGUCCUUCGCAACUACCUCGCCAAGGGCUCACCUGAGUGGGCAAUCACCCUUGCUCUCAACGAUUCCCGCAUCGUCUCCCUCGCGACCUUUUGCCGUGGCCAUGCCCUCGCCCUCGCCGUCCUUGGCUCGUCCAUUUCUGGCGAGGCUGCGCUUGACGCCGCUGUUGAGGACGCUGCAGAUGCAACUGAGCUUGCCAUGGAUGAGCACCGCGAUGAUUGCGGCGGAUCGGACGCCAAGUACGCCCACAUCUUUGACAUCAUCACUUGGACCCUCGGCGGUGCCAUCCCCGAGCGUGUUCGCAAGGUGGCGCUGGCUAUUUACGCCAUGCUCGCCGUCUUUCCAUCAGACGCGCCCAUCGACGUCGCCAACUUCCGCUCCGCGAUCGACGCAAGCAAUAUCAAGUUUGCUUGGGCCCUCGAUGCCCUCGCCAACACGUCGUUGCUGCGCGUCGUUGCCACGGAUGGCGGCGCCAUAACCGUAAUCGAGAUGCACGAUCUGCACCUCGAGUACAUUCGCCAUCGGCUUGAGGUGUGCUUUGACGACAUCCCUUCCCUUGCUGCCCGUCACCUCGCCGCUGUCGCCGGGGUGCCUCCGCCUGGCGCCACGCCAGAGUCCGCUAGGGUGGCAAUGACCUCUGGCACUGCCUCCGAUUGGAUCGUCACCCGCGGUAUUUCACACAUGAUUGCAGCCGGAGCGAACCUUGCUGCCGUUGCGGUUGCUCUCUCCUGGCCGUGGAUGAAAGCCCGCGCAAACGACUCGCUUGGUGGCCUCCUCCAUGAUCUGCGUUGUGUUGUGCGCCUCGGCCGUGAAGUAGCCAAAGACGUUGACGAGGUCGAGCGUGCGCUGUCGCUCUCACGCGAGAUCAUUGAGAGCGGUACGUCACACAUCGAAACCGAGCUCGUUGCCCGACUUGCCUAUGACAACGCGUCCAACGCCGUGAAGGACCUGGUUGCUGCUGUGCGCGAAGAUGUCCCGUCUAAGGCUCUCAUUCCAUCGAGAGCCGUGGACCCUGUCGCGCAUCGUGGCGCUGAGCGCUUUCGCUUUGAUGGCUCGUCCGGCAAUGUCAUCAACAUCGGUGGCUCGCUGGUUGCUGGUGGAUGUGGGAAGAAUGUGGACGUACUUGACGUGCAAACUGGUGAACGCGUGGAGGUGCUGGAGGGCCACACCAGCGAUGUGAAUGGUGUGAUUGCGCUGCCGAGUACGGAUGGCCAGCUGCCUGUCCUGGUCUCGUGGUCGGACGACGACACGAUCCGGGUGUGGCAUGCUGCGGACGACGGGAUGGGCGCCAUGCGGUACACCGCGGACAGUGCAUUCUGUGAGGUGCUGGAGGGCCACACCAAGUAUGUGCAGGGUGUGAUUGCGCUGCCGAGUGCGGAUGGCCAGCUGCCGGUCCUGGUCUCGUGGUCGGAGGACAAGACGAUCCGGGUGUGGCCUGCGGACGACGGGACGGGCGCCAUGCGGUACACUGCGGACACUGUCGCCUGUGAGAUGCUGGAGGGCCACACCAGCAGGGUGCGGGGUGUGAUUGCGCUGCCGAGUGCGGACAGCCAGCUGCCGGUCCUGGUCUCGUGGUCGUGGGACAACACGAUCCGUGUGUGGCAUGCUGCGGACGACGGGAUGGGGAUCAUGCGGUACACCGCGGACAGGGCCUCCUGUGAGGUGCUGAAGGGUCACACCGGCAAUGUGCAGGGUGUGAUUGCGCUGCCGAGUGCGGAUGGCCAGCUGCCUGUCCUGGUCUCGUGGUCGUGGGACAACAACACGAUUCGGGUGUGGCAUCCUGCGGACAACGGGACGGGCGCCAUGCGAUACACCGUGGACAGUGCGUCCUGUGAGGUGCUGGAGGGCCACACCAGCGGUGUGAAUGGUGUGAUUGCGCUGCCGAGUGCGGAUGGCCAGCUGCCUGUCCUGGUCUCGUGGUCGUUCGACGGGACGAUCCGGGUGUGGCAUCCUGCGGACGACGGGACGGGCGCCAUGCGGUACACCGCGGACAGUGCCUCCUGUGAGGUGCUGGAGGGCGACACCGGCGAUGUGCAUGGUGUGAUUGCGCUGCCGAGUGCGGACAGCCAGCUGCCCGUCCUGGUCUCGUGGUCGUGGGACAACACGAUCCGGGUGUGGCAUGCUGCGGACGACGGGACGGGCGCCAUGCGGUACACCGCGGACAGUGCAUUCUGUGAGGUGCUAGAGGGCAACACCAGCGAUGUGCAUGGUGUGAUUGCGCUGCCGAGUGCGGAUGGCCAGCUGCCGGUCCUGGUUUCGUGGUCUGGCGGAUUUCGGAACACAGACAACACGAUCCGGGUGUGGCAUCCUGCGGACGACGGGACGGGCGCCAUGCGGUACACCGCGGACAGUUCCUCCUGUGAGGUGCUAGAGGGCAACACCAGCGAUGUGCAUGGUGUGAUUGCGCUGCCGAGUGCGGAUGGCCAGCUGCCUCUCCUCGUCUCGUGGUCGAGAGACAGGACGAUCCGGGUGUGGCAUCCUGUGGACGACGAGAUGGGCGCCAUGCGGUACACCGCGGACAGUGCCUCCUGUGAGGUGCUGGAGGGCCACACCAGCUGGGUGCAUGGUGUGAUUGCGCUGCCGAGUGCGGAUGGCCAGCUGCCUGUCCUGGUCUCGUGGUCGGAAGACAAGACGAUCCGGGUGUGGCAUGCUGCGGACGACGGGACGGGCGCCAUGCGAUACACCGUGGACAGUGUCUCCUGUGAGGUGCUGGAGGGCCAUACCAGCGGUGUGCGGGGUGUGAUUGCGUUGCCGAGUGCGGAUGGCCAGCUGCCUGUCCUGGUCUCGUGGUCGGUCAACGGGACGAUCCGGGUGUGGCAUCCUGCGGACGACGGGACGGGCGCCAUGCGGUACACCGCGGACAGUGCAUUCUGUGAGGUGCUAGAGGGCCACACCAGCGGUGUGCGGGGUGUGAUUGCGUUGCCGAGUGCGGAUGGCCAGCUGCCUGUCCUGGUCUCGUGGUCGGCCGACGGGACGAUCCGGGUGUGGCAUCCUGCGGACGACGGGACGGGCGCCAUGCGGUACACCGCGGACAGUGCAUUCUGUGAGGUGCUAGAGGGCCACACCGACGAUGUGUGGGGUGUGAUUGCGCUGCCGAAUGCGGAUGGCCAGCUGCCUGUCCUGGUCUCGUGGUCGUGGGACAACACGAUCCGGGUGUGGCAUGCUGCGGACGACGGGACGGGCGCCAUGCGGUACACCGCGGACAGUGCAUUCUGUGAGGUGCUAGAGGGCCACACCGACGAUGUGGAGGGUGUGAUUGCGCUGCCGAGUGCGGAUGGCCAGCUGCCGGUCCUGCACCGCGCCCGCAUCCUCGCCGCUGCCAGCACAUCCGCGGCCUCCUGCGCCAUGGGCCUCACCAGCGGAUCGACCGACCAACGCCGCCGGAUGAAUCACCCGCCAUCGCACUAG